AUGGAUUUCAAUGAAGAGGAAGUGUUGAUUUCAAUGAGAAAUAUUGAGAAUUCUGAUGAAGAAUUGAAUGAAAAUGGAGUUGCAGAAAAUGGGCACACCCCUAUGAGGCACUCCUCUUACCAGCCAGGCAUGAAAGCAUCUUUACUUUGGCUUGAUUUAAGAGUCUUUUAUGUUAGACUUAGCAAAUGUGUGAUUGAUGAUGAUUCGACUCCUGAGCAUCUUACGUUAAACCAUGUGCCGUUAAAUCGUGAUACCCUUCUAGAAGUUAAUGGUGUGAGGACUAGCAUAUAUUCGGAUGGUGCAUCAACCCUUCUAAAACGAGAUAGGUUAGAUAAGAAAUCCGAAGAAGUUACAUUUGUAAGUACUGAUAGCAUCAGAAUGACAGGCAGUGUGAAAUUCGAAGUUUUACAUAAAGGCGUUCUCGUGCUAUCUGGAACGUUAGAAUUGUGUCAUAGCAAUAGCAAUGCAUUUAUUGGGGAUUCAAGAAAUCAAGGGCUAAGUUGGAGCAUGGAUUGUAUAUCAGAUACAAUAGCAAGCUCGGGAUUUUUGAAAGGAAAUCAAAAUACUGGCUUGGAGUCAUCCUCUACCCCUAGCAUUGAAGUUUAUGUUGCUGGUCGUUUCUUGGGUAGUCCGAUUAUAUUGACUAAAACUGUGCAACUUAGUCAUAGGAAGAAGCAAACAAGGACAGGAAUGCUGGAAUCAAUACCAGAAUACGAGGCCACUGAAAGCCAAGAAGAGGGUUCCUCAGGUCUCGCAAUGCAGGCAAACCAUCACCCAAAUUACAAACCAGAAGAGGAAGAUUAUUGCACCCUGUAUCCUGGAAUGGAGUAUUUGGGAGGCGAAGACGGAGAGUUAUCAUGGUUCAAUGCUGGAGUAAGAGUAGGCGUUGGAAUUGGGCUCAGUAUCUGUCUUGGAGUUGGAAUAGGAGUCGGGUUGCUGGUUCGAACUUACCAAGGAACCACUCGAAACUUCAGAAGGCGCCUACUUUGA